GCGUUUAAAUAUUCAAUGUCUCAAUCACCAGGCUCAUUUUCUAGUUUUCUUUGAAAACUAAAUCUUGAAUAUUAAAAAAAAAAAAAAAAGGAGAAAAUGUAUUCAAGGAUAAUUAUACUUUUCCUCGCGGCCUUUGCAUUCGGGGAGGUAAUAAGCUCAUGGGAAGACAAUGACGACCGCAUAAAAGAUCUCGGGUGGCUUUUUGAUGUUGAAAAUAAUGAGGUAGACGACAAGGUAGGAGAGCCUACUGUUUGUGAUACUAACGACUGCAAAAGCCUGGCCAGAGAAUUCUUAAGCGCAAUGAAUGACUCCGUUAGUCCAUGCGAUAAUUUUUAUGAAUUUGUGUGCGGCUCCUGGAAAAUUAAUAGCCCCAUUCCAAAAUAUACUCCUGUUUGGGGCAGACCUUUCUUGUUCCAAGAAAUAGUUUUUCGGCGUGUAAAAGGAAUUUUGGAAGAAAAACCAAAACCAGAAGACAUUUUGCCAGUAAGACAAGCCAAAAAAUGGUACCGUGCUUGUAUGAACGUAGAGGCGCUUGAAAAAAGAGGACUGAAGCCCUUGGAAUCAAUUCUGAUGCAAGUUGGAGGGUGGCCGAUGACCAUUGACGCUGAAGAAUGGGAUGAAACCGAUCACUCAUGGCAGAGAAUUGAGCAGCACUAUUUCCAAAUCACUGGCUCGUAUAUUUUCUACGAUUUAACUCCCAGCUGGUACAAGAGCUCGCUCGUUAAAUUAUCGAAAGGGCCGCUUCCAUUGAAGGACAAGCUUCCGUUCCAGUUCAAAAACUACACCGGGGAUGAGUACGGGAAUUACAAGGAUUUCAUAUCAUCAGUUAUUAAAAUGUUUGUUGAGCACAACAGCGCUAAUAUUACAAGCAAGAUGAUCGAGAAGGAUAUUCGCGAUUUGAUUGAGUUUGAAAAAGCUUUAUACGAGACUCCAAGAACUGAAGACAAAGAUUCGAUGACUAUUGAAGAUUUCGAAAGUUGGUACGACGAGAAAACUGAAGACAAAGGCAAUAAAAUUAAUGUUAGAAAGUUGAUAAAAGGAGUUUUUGAAAUGGUCAACCAUGAUACAGAGAAUAUCACGACGAUAAAAGUUGAUAAUAUGGAUUAUUUUGUUAAAUUGAACGAAUUGUUGAACAAAACUCCCAAGCGAACUAUCGUGAAUUACAUCCAUUGGCAUUUUGUCAGCAGUAUGUUAGCGGCAACAACAGAAGAAAUGCGGGAUAUUUUCUUCAAAUUGAUGAAAAAUGAGUUCGGUGUUACAGCAAGGCAACCAAGGUGGCUAGAGUGUAUAAAAGAGGUGAAAAUGGAAAUAGCAACUGGAUAUGCUUUUUCCAAAAAAUACUACUCUGAAAAAACCGAUCAACAUGUAAGGACAAUGGUAAGCAAUAUCAAGAGCGAAAUGAAGUUGCAAAUUGAAAAAUCAAACUGGUUGGAUGAUGAGACUAAAAAAAUAGCUAUUGAGAAGUUAGAGUCGAUGGAACUGUUUGUUGGGACACCUGAUUGGUACAAAAAUUCAACAUAUGUAUUGAACGCAUACAAAGGGCUUGUCAUUGGUGUCAAUCACUUCGACAAUGUUCUAAGCUACGCAAAAUAUGAAAUUAGAGAAGAUAUACGUGAUAUAUUGCAUGAACGUAGACGUAUUUCACGAGAAAUGAUGGAUGUAUUAGAAGUCAAUGCGGCGUAUGAUCCGUAUGGAAACGCAAUGGUUUUACCAGCUGCCGAUUUUCAACCUCCAUUUUUCACUGAAAAGCUUCCUCAAAACAUAAACUAUGGAAUGUCUGGGGCAGUAAUUGGCCAUGAAAUAGGACAUGCUUAUGAUAUCAACGGAAUAACCAUGGGUUUCGAGGAGAAAGAAAUUGAAAUAUCCAAGCAAAUAAUGGAAAUGUACUACAAGCGCGCUGAAUGUUUCCUUGACCAGUUCAACAAGUAUUUCGGAGUCACCGAACCCGAAUAUGAAGAUACCACCCCAUAUUACGGCGACGGAAGUCUUGGACGCAGAACACGGGGCGAAAACAUGGCGGAUACAACAGGUCUCCACGCAGUUUUCGAAGCUUACAAGACAAUGCUCAAGAAGAAUGGUCCCGACAAGAAAUUACCCGGAUUUGAGAAGUACUCCGAUGAACAAAUGUUCUUCAUUGCAUUUGGAUCGUUAUGGUGUAUGGAUUCUACCAAGAAAUACGAAGAAAUGCGUAAAGAACACGAUGUACACAGCCCAACUAACUUAAGAGUGAUUGGCGCGGUUUCUAAUACUAAUGAUUUUGCACGAGCCUUCAGCUGCCCCAAAGGGAGCCCUAUGAACCCGGAAAACAAAUGUAACAUUUGGAAGAACAUCGACGAGGUUAAAAGUCCGGAAAAGCGCAAACACAGGAAGAGGAAACAUCCGUGGACUUUUGAUUGGUGAACUUAAUUGAUCAAAUUUGAUAAAGUUUGACUGUAUCGAUAUGAAAUAAUUAUUCUAAUAAAAGCAUUCUCUAAAAAUGAUAAA